AUGUAUGCAUCAAGAGCACUGACAUUCACCGAACAGCGAUAUACACAGAUGGAAAAAGAAUGUUUAGCAAUUCUGUUCUCAUGCAAACGAUUCGACAAAUAUGUUUGUGGGGAAGACGAAAUUAUUGUUCAAACAGACCACAAGCCACUUCUUACCAUUUUCAAUAAGGACUUAAUGAAGGCAUCACGAAGAAUACAGAGAAUGCUCCUAAGUUUGCAACGAUAUCACAUCAUACUCAAUUAUGUCGAAGGAAAACAUAUGUAUAUCGCAGAUCUUCUCUCAAGGUAUGUUGAUUACACUGAAAAUUCUCCGGAAAAAUCGGUUUACGAAGAAGAAGUAUACAAAAUCGACAAAGUGUUCAACGAAAUCUCAGAAUUCAACAUCACGACCGAAGUUGACCUUGACGACAUACAGAUUGAAGACAUCCGAAAUAAAACUGCAAACGAUAAUGUACUUAAAGAAAACUGCAUUCGAGGAUGGCCAGAAAACAACAAGGAUUUACCGAUUGAGCUUUUACCAUACUGGAGUUUCAGAGACGAAAUUGUUUCUCAAAAAGGAAUAUUAAUAAAAAGCAAUCGCAUCAUAAUUCCAACAAUAUUAAGAAAAGACAUUAUAAAAAGAAUUCAUCUUGGGCAUCCCGGAAGAGAUCAAUGCUACAGAAGAGCUCACGAUUCCGUAUUUUGGCCAGGAAUCAAUGACCACAUCAAACAAGAAAUCUCUGCAUGCGCGAAAUGUGCUGAGAACGCAGACAACCAACAGAAACAACCAUUGGAAACAACCGAAAUUCCAAAAUUGCCGUUCGAGAGAGUAGCUAUCGACAUUUGUUAA